GUGGAAGUAGGUGUAGUUUGCAGCUUCGCAUGUUAAGUGAUUGAGCAUAAACCUUUGUACAGCCUCUGAUGUAAUAUUUUUUUCAGGUGUCCUCCCUCAGUGUGUGUAAAGGUUGGAAAACAUUUUUUGUCGGACGAAGACCAAACUUGAAAUCAAGGAUAUUCCUCCUGCGGACGAUUUCGUGCACUUUAAUCAUGUGGCUUUAUAAUUUUUUGCUGAGUUUUGACCUAAAGGGGAUACUGUUGUUCAUUUUUCUGUUCCUUCUAAUAGCAGACUUCCUCAGAAACAGAAAUCCACCAAAUUAUCCUCCAGGACCGAUGGCUCUUCCCUUUGUGGGAAAUAUACUGAGCGUGGACACGAAGCAGCCACACAUUUACUUCGUCAAGUUGGCUGACGUCUACGGGAAUGUGUUCAGUGUCCGACUCGGCAGCGAAAAGAUGGUGUUAGUGUCUGGGUACAAGAUGGUGAAAGAAGCUAUAGUGACACAAGCUGAGAACUUUGUGGAUCGACCACCCAGUGCAAUGGGUGAAAGGUUUUAUUCAGGGACAUCAGGUGGUCUGUUCAUGAGCAAUGGUGAGACAUGGAAGAGACAGCGACGCUUUGCUUUGUCUACCUUACGCAACUUUGGCCUGGGUAAAAGCACCAUGGAACAAUGCAUCUGUGAGGAAAUCCAACACCUGCAGGAGGAGAUAAAGAAAGAGAAAGGUGGACCUUUCCGCCCUGCGGGCCUCUUCAAUAACGCUGUGUCCAACAUCGUCUGCCAGCUUGUGAUGGGGAAAAGGUUUGACUACAGUGACCACAACUUCCAGAUCAUGCUAAAAUACCUGUCUCAGAUUCUUGUGCUGGAGGGCUCCAUGUGGGCCCAACUCUACGAAGCAUUUCCUGGAGUGAUGAAGCACCUUCCAGGUGAACACAACAAACUCUUCAACUAUUUCGACAUCCUCAAAGACUUCAUUAGUCAGGAGGUACAGAGUCACAAGAAGGACCUGGACCACAGCAACCCCAGAGACUACAUUGACGCUUUCCUUAUAGAAAUGGAGAAACACAAGGAAUCUGACCUGGGCUUUAGCGAGACCAACCUGGCUCUGUGCUCUCUGGAUCUAUUCCUCGCUGGAACGGAAACAACCUCCACUACCUUGCUGUGGGCUUUAGUUUACCUCAUUAAAAACCCAGAUGUUCAGGAGAAAGUCCAUGCAGAGAUUGACACAGUGAUUGGACAGACCCGACCACCAGUCAUGGCUGACAGAACAAAUUUGCCCUACACUGAUGCUGUCAUCCACGAGAUUCAGAGGAUUGGAAAUAUUGUUCCUCUCAACGCUUUUAGGAUGGCGGCCAAGGACACAACACUGGGUGGUUACAUGAUACCCAAGGGUACAGCCUUGGUGCCCAUCUUGACCUCUGUGCUGUUUGACAAAACUGAAUGGGAGACUCCAGAUGACUUCAACCCUAAUCACUUCCUGGAUGCUCAGGGAAAGUUUGUGAAGAAAGAUGCAUUCCUUCCUUUCUCUGCAGGGAAACGUGUGUGUCUCGGCGAAGGCCUCGCCAAGAUGGAGCUGUUCCUGUUUAUGGUCGGUUUACUGCAGAAGUUCUCUUUCUCUGCUCCUGAUGGAGUAGAGCUGAGUACAGAAGCAGUCACUGGAACCACACGUGUACCUGUCCCCUUCAAGGUCCAAGCCAAGACUCGCAUAUUCCUGUGGCCGAUUACGUGCACUUUAAUCAUGUGGCUUUAUAAUUUUUUGCUGAGUUUUGACCUAAAGGGGAUACUGUUGUUCAUUUUUCUAUUCCUUCUAAUAGCAGACUUCAUCAAAAACAGAAAUCCACCAAAUUAUCCUCCAGGACCGAUGGCUCUCCCCUUUGUGGGAAAUUUACUGAGCGUGGACAACAAGCAGCCACACAUUUAUUUCGUCAAGUUGGCUGACGUCUACGGGAAUGUGUUCAGUGUCCGACUCGGCAGCGAAAAGAUGGUGUUAGUGUCUGGGUACAAGAUGGUGAAAGAAGCUAUAGUGACACAAGCUGAGAACUUUGUGGAUCGACCACCCAAUGCAAUGGGUGAAAGGUUUUAUUCAGGGCAAUCAGGUGGUCUGUUCAUGAGCAAUGGUGAAACAUGGAAGAGACAGCGACGCUUUGCUUUGUCUACCUUACGCAACUUUGGCCUGGGUAAAAGCACCAUGGAACAAUGCAUCUGUGAGGAAAUCCAACACCUGCAGGAGGAGAUAAAGAAAGAGAAAGGUGGACCUUUCCGCCCUGCGGGCCUCUUCAAUAAUGCUGUGUCCAACAUCGUCUGCCAGCUUGUGAUGGGGAAAAGGUUUGACUACAGUGACCACAACUUCCAGAUCAUGCUGAAAUACCUGUCUGAGAUUCUUGUGCUGGAGGGCUCCAUGUGGGGCAUACUCUACCAAGCAUUUCCUGGAGUGAUGAAGCACCUUCCAGGUAAACACAACGAACUCUUCAACUAUUUCGACAUCCUCAAAGACUUCAUUAGUCAGGAGGUACAGAGUCACAAGAAGGACCUGGACCACAGCAACCCCAGAGACUACAUUGACACUUUCCUUAUAGAAAUGGAAAAACACAAGGAAUCUGACCUGGGCUUUAGCGAGACCAACCUGGCUCUGUGCUCUCUGGAUCUAUUCCUCGCUGGAACGGAAACAACCUCCACUACCUUGAUGUGGGCUUUAAUUUACCUCAUUAAUAACCCAGAUGUUCAGGAGAAAGUCCAUGCAGAGAUUGACACAGUGAUUGGACAGACCCGACCACCAGUCAUGGCUGACAGAACAAAUUUGCCCUACACUGAUGCUGUCAUCCACGAGAUUCAGAGGAUUGGAAAUAUUGUUCCUCUCAACGGUUUGAGGAUGGCGGCCAAGGACACAACAUUGGGGGGUUACAUGAUACCCAAGGGUACAGCCUUAAUGCCCAUCUUGACCUCUGUGCUGUUUGACAAAACUGAAUGGGAGACUCCAGAUGACUUCAACCCUAAACACUUCCUGGAUGCUCAGGGAAAGUUUGUGAAGAAAGAUGCAUUCCUUCCUUUCUCUGCAGGGAAACGCGUGUGUCUCGGCGAAGGCCUCGCCAAGAUGGAGCUGUUCCUGUUUAUGGUCGGUUUACUGCAGAAGUUCUCUUUCUCUGCUCCUGAUGGAGUAGAGCUGAGUACAGAAGCAGGCACUGGAACCACACGUGUACCUGUCCCCUUCAAGGUCCAAGCCAAGACUCGCUGAAUUAUACAAUACCUCGCCCAACCAUUUGUCAUUCACUGAUGUGCAACAGACAAGACAGAGAAAAAUGCUUUGGGAAAGAUGGAUGUGAUUAUCAGGCUCUUUCACAUGCAGUACUGUUGCAUGUAAGACAGACCUAUUGAUUCUCUUUAGAUCUACAUUUAUUUUUGUGUUAUACAGGCCAAUAAGAUUUUAUGAAGGGAACUAUUAACAAAAAAUAUCUAAUGAUCAUAUUGUUAAAAUUACAGUGACAUAUUUUGAAACUUCCAAUUAUCUAGGCCACUUCAUAAUAAAAAAAAUAAUGUGUGAUUAUG